GAUUGCUGGCGAAGAAGGAAAGUGACCGAUGGAGAAGGCAAACGAGGAUUUGUAUUGGCGUGGCUUUUCCUCGGUGGAGAGCGUUGAAAGCAGAAAUUGGGCUGAGGGCAGACACAGAUGUUGCCUUGCUGCUGUUGGAUAAUGGUCUUCACAAAAAGUGUAACAGCACAACAACAAAGACACAGUGCCACCUACUGUUGAAACUGAGUAACGCACUUCUAAUUUCGAAAAAUACUCUAAGGGGACACUGUCAUCAACCCCCAUAAAGACUGGCGGAAACAUCCGACCACCUCCUCCCCCAUCACUGUCCAGCAAUGGCACUGAAUCUCAAAGCCCAGGACAGAGGAAGAGAAGUGUGUUGCAGCGUGCUGCUGUCCCUGCACCGCAGGUAAGAGCAUACCAAAUAACAAAGUUGUGCCGCAAUGUUUUCAAGCAAGCGGUUUUGUCAAGAAUCGGCAAGUAAUGUGUGCAGCAAAUCACUCAAUCUCAUAUUACCAGUGAAGCUUUUACAAAUCAUAACCUAACCCUUCAUCAUAACUAUGUAGACCAGCGGUCGGCAAUUUGCGGCCACGGGCCAAAACUGGCCCGUCAUGAAUAAUAUCUGGCCGCUUCUUCCAGUUUAUUUCAGCUCUUGUGCUUUAUUGAAAUGUGUGACUUUUAUUGUGAAGGAGACCCGGAAAUGACUGUUCAUAAACCGGAAGCGUUUCCCUAAUCUAAACAUGGCGAACAUGCGGUCGAAACACGCCAGCUGCUCGGUGGUUGGCUGCACUAAUGAGCACAAAAGUCUGUUUUUCCUUCCCUCCUCUGAGGCUCUGAAGGCCCGGUGGCUGGAUUUUAUUUUUAAAGGAAAUGUCCCGGCAGCCACUCAGAAGACGCUGCAUGUGUGCGCUCGACAUUUUACUCCGGACUGCUUCCACAACCAGGGCCAGUACGAAGCGGGACUCUGUAAGAUGCUGAGGAUCAGGCGGGGCUCCAUACCGACAAUCCGUGACAAUACAGCGCAGGCAGUGUCUUCUGUGAACCACAUUGCUUCCCUCAGCACGCGGCUGCCGUCGAAGCCUCGUGUGAGGAACAAAGCCACGCAGACCGGACCCAACACGCCUCCUGUGUCCCAUCAGUCAGCCUUCCAGCUGGUCUACGUUCCAGUGAGACGCUCUGCGCCUCCUCAGGACUCCAGACUCACGAGCCCCCCCAGUCUGGCUCCUGUAGAGGAUGUGGAGUCUGAGUCUGACGACUCUUCAACAGAAACCGAUGGAGUCGGCGGCAAUCCUACGUGUGUUGUGUUCAAGAGCUGUCUCCGAGAGCUGUUCCAGAGGUGCCCGGUGUGCGAGCGCCGCUGUGAGGUGCAGCGGCGCCAGCUGGGCACGUGCGUGUCCUUCGCCCAGCUCUGCAGCCACUGUCAGUACAGCAGGAGGUGGCAGAGCGAACCGCUGCAGCACCGCGUCAGAAACCUGCAGAGCUCUGCAGAGCAGGUCAAAUCCUUCAUGCUGGUGCACGAGCAGGAAGACAAGACAGCGGUGGCAGGCAGACUGCCAGGCUUGUACAGAUGCUCAGAUCCUCUGUCGGACGUCUCCGUCACUGAGCAAGCCACUCCUCAGCACAUCGUGGACGAGGAUUCCAUCCUGCAGCUCAUGAAGAACUGCCCCAUCUGCAGGAAGAGCUGCCGCUGCACCAAACGCUCGCGCGGCCCGUACCUAGUCGUCCACCAGAACUGCUACUUCUGCCACUACCGGCGGAAGUGGACCAGCCAGCCCGAAGCACAGCUCCUCAACGUGAUCAACACUGAGAUAAAGCGCCGCCGCAAGGAGAAGGCUCCUGCCGAGGUGCAUCUGAAGAUCUGAGGGCAUCGGCCCCUGCUCCGGCUUUGCUUUGACUCCUGAACUAGAGCGUUCACAUUGUCCUCUACUCUGCUAUGGACUUCUGAGUUUAAUAAAGACUUGUUUUUUCUCCUCUCCUAAAAGUCCUGCUGAAUCUGUAAUUUCAGUCAGACAUUCUCAAUAAAUCACUAUUAUGUUAAAGUGCCCAAAAAAGUGAGACAGCAACACACUUGUUAUUCUAUAAAACAUAAUGCUGUCAGGUCCAAAACAGCAUAGUUUUAUUGCUCAGCUUUCUGCAAGGGCACAAGAAGUGUAUUACUUUGCUUCUUUAUUGUCCAUAUGUGUACAGGUGUCAGUUACAAACUCACAGAGCAGCUGAUGUG